UAAAACAUAAACCAACACACCAGCUGCUGCAGCACCUGCUCUCUGCUGCUCUCUCACCUGUCGGCGGCUCACCGGGAUUUAUUUGCACAGCUGUUUGGACAUCUGGAAUCAGGCCGUGAGGGGAAAUCUAAUGAUCUUCUGCCGGGUUGAGGCUCAACCUUUAACCAAGAACUAGAGACGUACUGAAAUAUCAUCUCCAGGUAGCCAUGAACAAUCAGGACACUGGAGAGGAUUUCCUCUAUCAGUGGAUCACGCUGCAAAACGAGGAGGAUGCUGACGAGGGGGCAAAGGUCACGGACGACGGGGAGCCUAAAGCCUGCGGGGUGUGUGGGGAUCUGGCCCGGGGAUACCACUUCAACGCUCUGACCUGUGAAGGCUGCAAGAGCUUCUUCAGGCGUGUCGUUAAGCGGUCCACUCAGCUCCACUGUCCGCUCCUCAAUAACUGCACCAUCACAAAGAAAAGCCGCCGGUCGUGUCAGGCGUGCCGCUUCCGUAAAUGCCAGGCCAUCGGCAUGCGUGGAGAGAUGGUCAUGUCAGAGGAGCAGAUCCUGGAGCGGAGGAUCCGGAUCCAGGAAAAGAAGAUGCGCGCCGCAGCCUCGCAGCUCUCGCCCCGGCAGGAGGAAAUGAUCCAGGAGCUGCUGCUCGGCCACCGCAGCACCUUUGACCCCACGUUCUCCCACUUCAGGGGCUUCAGGUCUUUAGACAGAAACACGCAUCAGAUCAUCAAAUCGGUCAUUGAGCCCUUUGACCUCACGACAUACAUGAUCCAGGACAUCAUCAGGUUCUCUAAAAGCUUCCAGGCUUUCCGGUCGUUAAGCAUGGGAGACCAGAUCACACUGCUGAAGGGAGCCACCUUUGAAAUCAUGCAGAUCCGCUUUAACAUGGUUUUCAACUCCAAGGCAAACAACUGGAAAUGCGGAAGUUUGACAUACUGCCUUGGCGACGCAGUACGAGCGGGUUUCCAGCCUCUCCUUCUGGAGCCUCUGCUGAAAUUACACCAAACGCUGCGGAAACUGGACCUGCAGGAGGAGGAAUACGUUCUCAUCCAGGCCAUGUCGCUCUUCUCUCCAGAUCGCCCCGGGGUUCUUCAGCACAGCGUGGUGGACCGGAUCCAGGAGAGCCUGGCGCUCACGCUGAAGACCUGGAUCGACUGCAAGAGAACCGACCCCGAGAAGCAUUUACUGUUCCCCAAAGUGAUCGCCUGCUUCACCGAGAUGAGGACCAUGACGGAGGAGUACAGCAAGCAGAUCCUGCAGAUCAAGGACCUGCAGCCCGACACCAUCUCCCCCCUCAUCAUGGAGGUGGUCAGCAAGGACGGAUAGAAUGGACGGAAGGAGGACAGGAAGCUGCUCUGUGGGGUAUUUCCAGUUUUGCUGAACAGGCAGACGUGCUGUUUCUGUCACUGAGGGUUGAAGUAAUUUAUAUUUGUUACCCAAGAUUAGUUUUUUCGUUGUGUGUUCUGAUGCUGUUCUAAAAAACAAUUAAUAAAAGGUGUUUUUAACUAAAUGAAACUAAGACGCUCCUUUAAAGUAGACCAACAGCGCCACCCUGUGGCCAUGUUUAUAACCAGGAUCACCUGAGGCCUGUGCAAAUAGUGAUUACCUAAAAAAAAAAAGCAAAAUAAAGUCAAAAAACUGGUAUAGAAUAUUUCUUAAUAAAGAUUUCAAGCGUAAUGUUUAUUAUACUGACUGGUUGGAUGUGGUUAUUUAAGUGGGAAAUGUAGACGUGGUUUUCUAUAUGUGGUGGAUCAGCUUCCCUAAAACCAUCAAAUAUAUCAGAACUUCUUCUCUCAGCAGCUGGAAGGACUCAGAAUACUGUUAACGAACUGAUUUUAAGAAGCAAAUACACCCAAGGACGAGCAAAACGGACACAUUUCUUGAUCAUUUCCAGGCUAUCCUACUCUUUAUUUAAUGCAAAUUACAGUACCAGGGAACUAUUCCUCGGAGCACGCAGAGGGAAUAUUUACAAAGGCGCACAUUGAGCAUACCUUCACAGAACAAAAGAAAAAAAAAAAAAAAA